AUGGACCGGUCAGGCUUCUUAAUCAAGCUCUUCGGCUUACUGCUGUGUCUCCUGCCCAUUCUUCAAGCAUGUCCCCAAAAUUGUCACUGCCAUGGAGGAGACCUGCAGCAUGUCAUCUGUGAUAACGUUGGACUGAGAAAGAUCCCUAAGGUGGCUGAGCAGACAAGGCUCCUCAAUCUGCAAAGGAACAACUUCCCUGUCCUGCCACCCAAUGGCUUUAGGGAGAUGAAAAAUCUUGUUUCCCUCCAUCUUCAACAUUCCCACAUCAAGGAGAUCUCCAGUGGGGCCUUCCGGGGCCUGAAGCAACUGGUUUACCUCUAUUUGUCCAAUAAUGACAUCAGCAUCAUAAAGCCAGGAGCCUUUGAUGACCUGACAGAACUUACCUACCUCUACCUAGACCACAACAAGAUCUCUGACCUGCCCAAGGGGGUCCUCUCACCGUUGAUUAACCUUUUCAUCCUGCAGCUGGGUAGCAACAAGCUCCGAGAGUUGAGAGCAGGAGCCUUCCAUGGUGCUAAGGACCUUCGCUGGCUCUAUCUUUCAGAUAAUUCCAUCUCCUCCAUCCAGCCUGGGGCUCUGGAUGAUGUGGAAAACUUAGCUAUCUUCCACCUGGAUAAGAACCAACUAAGCACAUACCCACAGGCUGCAAUGAGUAAACUAAGGGUGGUGGAGGACCUGAAGCUCUCAUACAACCCUAUGAAGGUCAUCCCUGAUUUCGCCUUCCAAUCUUUUGGGCGAUAUAUGGAGACCCUCAGCCUGGAGAACAUGAGCCUUGAAAAGUUUUCAGAUAAAGCAUUUGCUGGUGUAACCACACUGAAGACUGUUCACAUUGAGAACAAUAAACUUCACAAUCUUCCUGGUAACUUCCCAUUCAGCGGUCUUGAGACACUCACCCUGUCUAAAAAUCCCUGGCAUUGUUCCUGUCAGCUAGCACCUCUGCGCAGGUGGCUGGAAUCCACUCGCUCACGCCCUGAUGCAGCUUGCGCAUCACCUUCUGCAGCUCGAGGACAGCAGAUCCGAGACGCUGCUGCACUCCGCAGCUGCAGGCUCCCCACAAAGAGGUCCAAGAAGGGAAGUCGCCAUUAAACAGGACCCAGGAAAAGCUAGUCCUGGUGACUGGCGGCUUUAACCAAUCAGAAAACUACUGACUUCUUCCAAGCCCUUCACCACAAGCAUCUCCUUCCUUCCCUCCAAGAAACAGAUCCAGUUACAUCCAUUUCCUGCCGAAUGCAGAUGAUAGGAUGGAAUCCACCAUUCAUUUGUUUUUCCUGAUAUUAUAUAUAUUAUAACUUAUGCAUGACAAUGCUAAGACAAGCUAAACUAGAUCCUGCUGGUAAACUACAGUCACCUGCCUAGACUUAAUUCAAGCCAGUCAGUUUAUCCUGAGGUUUAUGGAAACAACUAGCAAACAAAAAAAGUUUAUCCAUAUUCCCAGCCCUGCAAAUUGGUGGUUGGCAUUAGAAAUUCAAAAUUCUCUAGCACUCAAGUUUUUAAGCACCAACAUUUAAAUUCUGUACACAGAUUUGACCUUCAGGAAAUUAGGAUAUCUUAUCUAUCAGUUGGCAAAGGUUGCCAAGAUUUGACUGUUAGCAUGGGAGAACAAGGUAAUGCAGAUAUUAGGGGAACUUUUGGAAAGACUUGGGGUGGAGGGAAAAGAAGGAUCAGAGCACCAGAUCUUAAGCUGGUUUAAAAGCAGAGGGAACACCUUCUACAGUGAUGUGGAAUGUGGUUUCCCAAGAACAGGAAGUUGAAAAACCUCUGCCCUAUAACGUCACCAAGUAUGCAUGUAUAAAACAAGGAAGAGAGAGAGAUUACCUCUGACACCCUGGAAAAUCACCACCAUCUUAGUACCAUAAUGCACAGCAGGAAGCAGCAAGAUGACUGUGAUUUAUCAUAAUGGAUUUAAAGUACCACAAUUUCAUGUUAACUGCAUUUUUUAAUACUGAAAGUUUAUAUAAAUAUAUAUUUAUUCCUGUA